AUGGCUGCACAUGCUCUCGCUGUGCCACGUUUGAGCUUGAAUGUGAGAUAUAACAGAAAUGUCAAAGAGAACAGCGGAGAGGAAGAGGAGAAUCAGCUGAAGAUCUUAGAGGAUGAAGAGCAUUACGAUGAACUCGGGCCACAAAGAGCCAGUCCAUGCAGCCCUGCAGCUGGCAACAGAAGGUUCUUCAGAGCUACUGCAGUGGCUCUGGGAGGGGUUUAUCUUCUGGUAUUGGCUGGACUCUUCAUUCGCUACACUUCGCUGCAGACCAGAUACGAGAUGUUGCAGACCAGAUACGACCAACUGAGCAGCAACUACAGCCAGAUCCAGAACGUUUCUGGCAAGAAAGACAUAUCCAUCGAAAACAGUCAGUUACGGAGCCGCUAUGAAAUACUGAGUGUAAAUCACAGUGAGUUACAGGAUGAAGUAAAGCAGCUGGAGACCAGAAUUAAAGAGAAGCUGUGUCCUGACGGAUGGAAGAGAUCUGGAUGCAGUUGUUACUUUAAAUCUGAGAAGAGGAACUAUUGGUAUGGAAGCAGAGAUGACUGUGAGCAGAGUGAAGCACAUCUGGUCGUCAUAAACAAUGAAGAGGAACAGAAGUUUGUCACUGAGCUGAGUAAGGAUGGAGAGUACUGGAUUGGUCUUCGGUAUGGACGGAGACAAGGAGAAUACAAAUGGGAAUGGGUCGAUGGAUCACCGCUGACAGAAACGUGA